AUGCGUCUCCUCAACACAGAGACGCUCAAUCUUGAGACCUUUUACGAUAAAAUUCCUGUUUACGCUAUCAUUUCACACACGUGGGAAAGUGACGAGGUGCUGUUCCAGGACAUUAAGAAUGGGACCGCAGAGAGGAGAGACGGGUUUGCCAAGGUGAAGGGAGCGGUUGGACAAGCUGUCAAGGAUGGAUUCAAGUACACUCUCUCAGAGGCCAUCAACUCCAUGUUUCGGUGGUAUCGCGAAGCUCAGGUCUGCUAUGCCUACCUGAGCGACGUCAAUCACGACGAUGACCACCGUGCCAAAGAGAGUGGCUUCGGGCUUUCUCGAUGGUUCACCCGUGGUUGGACGCUUCAAGAACUUAUCGCUCCUCCAGUCGUAUACUUCUUUGCUUCAGACUGGCAAGAGAUAGGUUCAAGGCACGGCCUCCUGGAACUUAUUGUCGAUAUUACGCGCAUCCACCACGGGUUUUUCAUCUCCGGAAACCUAUCCAUAUUUCAGCGCUGCUCAGAAGAUGUCUUGAGCGGCUGA